ACUUAGAGCCCGAGCGGAGGCGGUGCGGAGCGUUUCUCCUCUCAGCGGCUCGGGAACCAGUUCGUGGUGCGGGGCUGCGGCUGAGCCUCUAGAUAGAAGGCGCAAGAGGUUGGCAGCUUCGAUUGAAGCACGUCGGGCGUCAAGAGCAGCUAGAAGUCAUGAGCGACAGCGGCGAGCAGAACUACGGCGAGCGGGAAUCCCGUUCUGCUUCCAGAAGUGGAAGUGCUCAUGGAUCUGGGAAAUCUGCAAGGCAUACCCCUGCAAGGUCUCGCUCCAAGGAAGAUUCCAGGCGUUCCAGAUCAAAGUCCAGGUCCAGAUCUGAAUCUAGGUCUAGAUCCAGAAGAAGUUCUCGAAGGCAUUAUACAAGGUCACGAUCUCGGUCCCGCUCCCAUAGAAGAUCCCGUAGCAGAUCUUACAGUAGAGAUUAUCGAAGACGGCAUAGCCACAGUCAUUCUCCCAUGUCUACUCGCAGGCGUCAUGUUGGGAAUCGGGCAAAUCCUGAUCCCAACUGUUGUCUUGGAGUAUUUGGAUUGAGCUUAUACACUACAGAAAGAGAUCUAAGAGAAGUGUUCUCUAAAUAUGGCCCAAUUGCUGAUGUGUCUAUUGUAUAUGACCAGCAGUCUAGACGUUCAAGAGGAUUUGCCUUUGUAUAUUUUGAAAAUGUAGAUGAUGCCAAGGAAGCGAAAGAGCGUGCCAAUGGAAUGGAGCUUGAUGGACGUAGGAUCAGAGUUGAUUUCUCUAUAACAAAGAGACCACAUACCCCAACACCAGGAAUUUACAUGGGGAGACCUACCUAUGGCAGCUCACGCCGUCGAGAUUACUAUGACAGGGGAUAUGAUCGAGGCUACGAUGAUCGGGACUAUUACAGCAGGUCAUACAGAGGAGGAGGUGGAGGAGGAGGAGGAUGGAGAGCUGCUCAAGACAGGGAUCAGAUAUACAGAAGACGGUCACCUUCUCCCUACUAUAGUCGUGGAGGAUACAGAUCACGUUCCAGAUCUCGAUCAUACUCACCUCGUCGCUAUUAAAGCAUGAAGUUGAAGACUUUCUGAAACCUGCCCUAGAGUUGGGAUAUUGUUUGUGGACAAUAUUUUUUAUUGUCUCCUGUUUAAAAAGUGAACAGUGCCUAGUGAAGUUAGGUGACUUUUACACCUUUUAUGAUGACUACUUUUGGUGGAGUUGAAAUGCUGUUUUCAUUCUGCAUUUGUGUAGUUUGGUGCUUUGUUCAAAGUUAAGUGUUUUCAGAAAAGUAUGUUUUGCAUGUAUUUUUUUACAGUCUAAAUUUUGACUGCUGAGAAGUUUCUAUUGUACAAAACUUCAUUUAAAUGGUUUUUCUACUGAAUCCAGGGUAUUCUGAAGAUCGAAGCCUGUGUGUAAAAUGCUACCAAAUGGCAAAAAGCAACAAUAAAGUUUGGUUUUUACUUUUCUUUCUAACAUAUCAAUGGUUAGCAGAACUGUUCAGAAUAGACUGUCAGUAGUAAAUUCAAGACAAAAAUGCCCAUUUUCCUCCAGUCCAUAAAACAUACCAUACUUAAUAUACCUGCAAUUAAGUGAUAAAAAUUAUGCUCUGUAACUCUAUACUGCUAGUAUUAGACCUAAAGAUCUUUCAAUACAGCAAAUGCUUAAUGCUUAAUAUAAAUGUGAAUUUGUCAGCGUUUAUAUAUAAUCUGUAUUAUAUAUAGCAGGGAAUAAGAUAAGAGUUACACAAUGAAUGCCUUUAAAAGGCUAUUUCUUAAAGCUGUUACAAGGGGAUAAUGGUAUUUCAACUAGUUAUCAGCAAGUGACAAUACAUUCCACCACAAAUGUACGCUUGUUCUUCUAGCUUUUAGAUUAUAUGGAAAAACUGGGUGCUUCAGAGUUUGAGAAAAAGAGAAGGGAACACUACACCUGUGUUGUGGAUGAACUGAAGACUUUGCCUGUUCAUUUUUUAAAUAUUAUUUUCAGGUCCUUUGCUUACCAAAGGAGGCCCAAUUUCACUCAAAUGUUUUGAGAACUGUGUUUAAAUAAACGCAAAUGAAAAGAGUAAAA